GUUCGCUCGCGCGCCCAACCAGGUAACCGACAUAUCAGCCGCCACACAGGUGUCCCGGUUUCCAAUUUUCCGGAUGGUUAACCGAUUACAGAGGCGUUCGUAGUUGCUCCGCUCGAUACAGCGGUCUCCCCGAUCUCAUUCACGGUGAUUUUCACGUGCCGGAGGCAAUGGGGCCCCAUGUGGUCGACGCUGAUAAGCAGUGGAAUUGAAACUUCUAUCAAAUUGCGCGAGGUCUCCGCCAGUAUAAAAGCCCGGCUCCUCGAGGCCAGGAGCAUCAGAAGCUCUCUGGAGCUCAGAGGAGCAACACGAAGUAUCCACCGAACUCUCCACAGCAUCUCUAAAUAUACCAAGCAGCUCGAGAAACAAGAACAAGUCGGGAUGCGGCGUACGAGGCACGUCGCGCUGCCAGUGCGAGCCUGGCAAUAUAUGGGCCUUCUCAUAGUGUCGUUAGCUUGCCUAACGCUGGGAUUGGUCUCCAGGGACAAAGAAGGCCGUGCGGGAAGUCUGGCAGGACCCGAAUUGGAGCAUCGAGCACCACACGAAGUGGAUGCCUGCCCAAACUUGAAUCCUUUCACCAAGUUGCCUUCCUGCUCGAUCCUCGAGCAGGACCCUGCAAGGGUUCCAAAGAUCUCCGGGGAGACUGCAAGCGUCAGAAGCAGUCAAAUACCGGUCGAUCGGAGGAUCUCUCGAUCACGAAACCUGGAUCACGUCUCUCGAACUCGAACGGACCGCAAAAGUGGGGAGAAAUUGGCUAGACGAGGACCAAACCUUGAUGACAAUUCCUCCAGGCUUGUUCGAUCAUCUCGUUCCUUGGAUCUGGACGAUUCACGACUCACCACUCGAUCAUUGGAUCGUAGAUCGCGUGUGGAUCAUCGAGAAGCUUCGACAAUUGGAAUGAACGAACGUCGUGAACGCCUCGUCCGCUCGAACGAUCGAUUCGACAUCAGAGAUCGUAGAUUAUCGACUACAGAUCGCGACCAUCGACUCGAGAUCCGAGAACGUAGAUCUCGUUCGCUGGAUCAUCGAGCCUCGAGGAACCCGGAGCGUCGUAUCAAUGGAAACCUAGAAAAUGAUCGCGAGGAUCGUCGAAAUCGUAUUGUUUAUCGUGCAGAAAGACGCGUCGAUGAUCGUAGAUCGGUUUCCAGAGCCUCGAAUUCCAACUACGAAGAAAAUCGACGAAACGUUCGAUCAGUUUCACGUGAAAGGCAAGUUUCUGGUGCUUCGAGGGACCAAGACAGAAGAUCGCUGAUCAGAACCACUGAAAAUAUCAGACGACUUGACUCUAGAUCCCCUGGUGAUGUCGAAAGGACCACGAUGAUUCGUCGCGUUGACAGACAAAUCUCUCGAUCCUUGGAUCGUGAGAAUUCACGAACUGAACGUGACUUUGCUGAUCAACGAUUAUCGCGAUCGCGUGGGUAUGAAGCUUCUCGAGAACGGAAACCCCUUGCACGAUCUAUGAAACUCGAAUCCACAGAUUUUCGACGAGAAAACACCGUGAGAAACGUCCAAUCGCAAGAUCGUAUGCGACAGAUCGCUAGACGCGAGUCUAGAUCGAACCUGGAUCGUAGAUUCGAAAGAAGAGAGCAACGAGAUGCGAGGAACCAACGCAGAGGGAUGAUCGAUGAGAUUGAUCGCCGUUUGAACGCUAGAUUGAACGAAAAACGUGAGACUUCUCUUCCUAGAUCCUCUGGAAUGGGUAAUUCUGAACGACGAGAGAGCAAUUGGUUGGAUCUAGCUCGUGAGAAACGCGAUUCAGAGAGACGAGUGACGAAUCGAUCUAACAAUCGAAUGUCUUUGGAAAAGAGAUCCAUAGUCGCAGAAUCUGUGAACAAAGAGGAUUUUGGAACCAAUCGUUGGUCUCUAGAACGCUCCAGGAACGAUAAUAUAAGAAGAAAUCGAUUGAAUUUGGCUCGUGAAUCUGUUAAACGCGACACAGAACGUCGAUCGAGGGACCUAUCCAAUGAUCGACGAUCCUCAGAAAGGAAAUCACCCGUUUCAGAGUCUGAAAUUCCUCGAGAAGUUAGAACAGAUCGUCGUCUUUCCACACUUAACAGCUUAGAACGUCGUGAGAGGACAAAUCGAUUGAAUUUAGCUCGUGAAAAUAUCAAACGUGACACAGAAGGUAGAGCGAGGGACUUAUCCAACGAUCGACGAUCCUCAGAAAGGAAAUCACAAGUUUUGGAACCUGCAAUUCGCCGAGAAAUUAGAACAGAUCGUCGUCUUUCCACGUUUGAUAGUGUAGAACGCCUUGAAAGGACAAAUCGACUGAAUUUGGCUCGUGAAACUGUUAAACGCGACACAGAACGUCGAUCGAGGGGCCUAUCCAAUGAUCGACGAUCCUCAGAAAGGAAAUCACCCGUUUCAGAGUCUGAAAUUCCUCGAGAAGUUAGAACAGAUCGUCGUCUUUCCACACUUAACAGAUUAGAACGUCGUGAGAGGACAAAUCGAUUGAAUUUAGCUCGUGAAAAUAUCAAACGUGACGCAGAAGGUAGAGCGAGGGACUUAUCCAACGAUCGACGAUCCUCAGAAAGGAAAACACAAGUUUUGGAACCUGCAAUUCGCCGAGAAAUUAGAACAGAUCGUCGUCUUUCCACGUUUGAUAGUGUAGAACGCCUUGAAAGGACAAAUCGACUGAAUUUGGCUCGUGAAACUGUUAAACGCGACACAGAACGUCGAUCGAGGGACCUAUCCAACGAUCGACGAUCCUCAGAAAGGAAAUCACCCGUUUCAGAGUCUGAAAUUCCUCGAGAAGUUAGAACAGAUCGUCGUCUUUCCACACUUAACAGCUUAGAACGUCGUGAGAGGACAAAUCGAUUGAAUUUAGCUCGUGAAAAUAUCAAACGUGACGCAGAAGGUAGAGCGAGGGACUUAUCCAACGAUCGACGAUCCUCAGAAAGGAAAACACAAGUUUUGGAACCUGCAAUUCGCCGAGAAAUUAGAACAGAUCGUCGUCUUUCCACGUUUGAUAGUGUAGAACGCCUUGAAAGGACAAAUCGACUGAAUUUGGCUCGUGAAACUGUUAAACGCGACACAGAACGUCGAUCGAGGGACUCAUCCAACGAUCGACGAUCCUCAGAUAGGAAAAUCAGCCUGGAACUCCGUGAAAGGACGAAUAAACUGAAUAUUGCGCGUGAAUCUCGAGCUACUCUCACCGGGUUACCUGAAACUGUUAAACGCGACACAGAACGUAGAGUAAGAGACUCAUCCAACGAUCGACGAUCCUCAGAAAGAAGGUCGACCAUUUUGGAAUCUUCACGUCGUCAAGAAAUUCGAACCAAUCGUCGUCUUUCGGAACGUUCGAGACUUAAUUUCGUGGAUCAAAGGGAGAGGACAAAUGCUUUGUACAUAGCUCGUGAAUCUAGAAUUCCUCUCACCAGGUCCUACGAAACUGCUAAACGUGAUCUAGAACGUAGAUUCAGAGAUUUACCCAGUGAUCGACGAUCGUCAGAAAGGAGAUCCACUGUUCUCCAACUUGUAAACCAAGAAGAAGUGAGAACUAGAACUGAUCGUCAUUCUAGACUCGUUAGCUCCGAACGACGCGAUAGGACGAGUCGAUUGUACAUAACAAGUGAAUCUGUGGCUCCCUCUAUGUCCUCCCUAACUGAUAAUCAUAAUUUAGCGCGACGUGUAAGACACUCAUCCAGCGAUCGAAGGGAUCGAAGCUUAGAUCGUCGACAACUCGUGGAUUCCAAGAGAUCCUCAGAAGCUACUGCUUUGGAACAUCGAAAUGAUCGAAGAAUCGAGGCAGAACGUAGCCAAAAGAGAUCGAAUCUUAACAGAUUGCAUCGAUCUAGCGCCACUAUUCUAAACGAUCCUCGAUCGAACCAAAGAGAACAAAGACUGACUGAAAAGACGCUUCGAAGCAAACCCCUAAACGACAUGAAACGAUCUCGUUUGGUCCAAAGACUCAGCUUCUCGGACAAAGGAGCUCGUAUCUUCUCAAAUUUGAAGGAUUCCGUGGACCUGAACGCUGAAAAAUAUGUUAAAUCAUCUCGAGUGAAUAUUCCAAGCUAUUCGAAAGAGGAGAAUUCUGUAAAAUACGCUUUCACCUUCGAUGUUUUGCGCCAGGCACUUGUAAUCGGUCUCUGCGCACUGUACAGCCUCUCCAUCUUUCGUGGGAAACAAUCUUUCGUCAGCACCGUUGUGAGACAGGCGUCACGUGUUAUUCUAUGGUAAAUGAACAAACUACUUCGCUCAUUGGAUGGAAACAACGAUCCGCUGC